CCAUGGAUCUCGAAAAACAGCAUUUCAGCAUGCGGCUGAAAGACAAGAGAACGCCGUCGACUACACUGGUAGAUCUUCCAACCGAACUUCUCAACCAGGUCGUGGCACAUUGCCCAGCAACCUCGGUUGGCCACCUUUCACGCACAUCACAAUCAUUGCACGAGUUUGUGGAGAAGGAAGGCUGGCGAACGUUCACCCAAACGCAUUUCGCGUCUUUGAAUCCUUCGACAUAUUGGAGAGAUGCUGCAAGGUCAUUGACCACACUAUCGCGCAACUGGCAGCGUCGAGCAUUUCUUGCGGCAUAUCUUGAACCCUCAGGCGAUGCCAUCGGACUGCCCAAUGGACAACCUAUCAAGAAAUGGAGGAGACCAGCUGGCCAAACUAUGGGAUUUCAGCCCGCGGUUGAUAGUUACGAGCACUUCAUCGGCAGCCGCUGGACAGACCGACGCCAGGUUGUGGCGUGGAGUGCUGGUGCAGAACUAGUGGACAAACAGGAGAAAUUCGAGAACAAUGGUACGCGAGUGCGCUGGUGGACGUAUAAACCCCUGAGCAGUGUGGAAGGCCGCGACGACAUCACCAGUGUCAAAAUCAUCAGGCCAGAUACUCAACAGCAAUGCAGCAGUCUCGACAACAGCGAACAAAUCAUCAUCGGAACUGCCAAUGGAGACCUACAACUGUUGGAGAUGCCUCCUGCUGCCGAGGGAAGUGUCAUCAAGACCUACUUCGUCACGAACGGAGUCUCUGUACGGUCCACUUCAAUGUCAACAGAUGUCCGGUCUACUCAGGAGCAACCUCAGCACUUGGCCGCGAAUUUAGCAGAUUCUCGUAUCGCUCUAUACUCUGUGGACUCGACACAAUUUAAGAUUGCCCCGGUCAGCGAGAUCAAUGCGAUACCGCAGAGUAGAAAAGGCUGUCGAAUCUGGUCAACCAAGUUUCUGGACUCGAAGCAUCUAGCCGUCGGCCUAGGACCCUCCGUGGAGCCCAUCAACAUCUUUGAGGUUCGCCCGGAAGGCAUUGUCGAGGAGCCGAUUCGGAAGAUAGGUCUCACUGGCAAUGCUGACGAGCUAGAUCCGGUCAGAGCAUCAUCAAUAUACCCUAUCGAGUCGCUUUUGGACAGCAACGGGGGAAGAAAUGGAAACCUCUUCCUCAGCGGUGGUUACGAUGGGAUCGUGAGGCUACAUGACAUGCGUUCGCCAUCUUCUUUCACGGCUGUUUAUCGUGAUCCAACCGACGACGCUGCCAUAUACUCGCUCCUCUCGCGUGGUAGAGACCGUGUUGUUGCUGGUGCCUCGCGACAUGGAUUGCUCAAAGUUUUCGAUUUGCGCAUGUCAGGAGGUAGCAUAUAUGACUACGCUGGAGCGGCAGAUGCUUCAAAUGACUCUACUACUGGCGACUGGAACAUCUUCAUCAACCCGCGCGACAGAUACGUCAACUCGGCUUGGAGAGGCCCAAACAGUUGGAUGCGUCGCAGUGCCGAGGGCUCUGUCUACAAUCUGUCGUCGCCAUCGCCGACCUCACCCUUCAUAUUCGCAGGAGUGGAGAAUGCCGUUGUCGAAUUCAACUUCUCAUCCGUGCUCGACAAGCAUCCGGAUCCAAUUUUCCUCGGCAAGUCCGACAGGGGCAAGGGGAGACGGAACAAUUCCCCUUCUUAUCUCCAGCAUAAGCACGAUAUCCUGAAUCUAGCCAUGUAUUCUCAGGGCACGGAUGGAUCACGGGAGGGUAUGAAGUUGCGCACUCAACGCAGUGUCCAGGAAACUGUCGCGCAAGAUAUAAAUCUGGCUGGACUUGAUGAGCGCUGGAGAGACAAC